AACCCUGCUGAUACACUAUUUUUUGCACAUUGUGUGAAAUGUGAAUAAACAUUUAUAGUCAAAAUUAAUAAUUAAAUGACAUCAUGGUGGGCAUUGUACAUCUAGUAAGAAAAAAGAAUAUUUAUUACAUGGGGAAAGUUUAGUUUAAAUGUGUUGUAGAACUAUUACUGUUACUUUAUCUACAUAAGAUCAAAUAUUUUGGUAUGAAAAGCUGCAUUUUUUAUUUAACCAAGUAUCCUGUAUCAUAACUACAUGUCUGACGAUUGUAACAAACCAAACCGCAUGAAAAUCGGUUGAGAAUUCAGCGAGUAAUGAUGAUUUUAAUCAUAAAUAAUCUCCUGCCUCAAUAGACAUACAUGCAUUAGGCAGCGCGGCUCCACCUGGGCAAGAUGGCGGCCGCGUUGACGUAUCGCUCCAAUGAGGAGCACCGUUGAAUGCGGCAUCUACGUAUAUAUAUCUAUGCGGUCUGCUGACAGUCCAAAAUGGCGGCGGUAGGACGAAACCAUGGGCGAGUCUGUUGCUAUGGGGCGUUGUAUUGAGCUUCGCCUCUUGGUAUCCAUGCUCUUUGCUUGUGUAUCCUCGCUUCCCUCUCCGCUGAAAGACUCCUCCGAGUGCAAUUAACGAAUUGAGACGUCCUACAAGAUGGCGAGUCUCGAUCGAUAUCCGGGUCAAGUGAUCGAGGAUAGAGGACGGAGGAGUCGAGGAGGGAUAUUGGCAUGAACCCAUUGUAAGGCGAGUGGAACUCAUCUAUUGGUUCGGUGUUUUCCAGGGACAAAACACCGUGCAGUGUCACACUGAAAGCGUUCCGGAGUUCAGAACGGGACGGUUGUUAGCUUAUAGGUUAUUUGCGAUAAAAUUUGUAUAUUGUGUUAGUUUAAAAUUAAACGCACAGUGAAAUGUUUUAAUGGCUGUGUUCACAGAGUAACUGUCUAAGCAACAGAUGCUCUCCAUGCAGUGUGCUCCUUCCCCCUGAGGCUGUCAUCAGCUGUUUGAGGCUGACAGCAGAGCAGGAUGUCAGACAGUGGGAACCAGUCAUGCCUGAUGGGAGCAGAGGACACUGUGUCCUUCCUGGUGUGUGUAUUUCAUGCAUGGGAGGAAUGGGUAGGCCUCGGCCAGUUGGAGGACUAUCUGAGUGUUUUGGAGUACCUGUUGUGGGUCUUCACUCCUCUGGCUAUUGUCUUCCUCGUGCCCUUCCUCAUUGUCAUCCUCCUCUACCUCUCUAUACUCUUCCUUCAUGUCUACAAGAGGAAGAAUCAGCUGAGGGAAGCUUACUGCAACAACUUGUGGGAUGGAGCCAGGAAGACCCUGGCUACUCUGUGGGAUGGACAUGGAGCCAUAUGGCAUGGUUAUGAGAUCCAUGGGAUGGAGAAGAUCCCUGACAAAGGACCAGCACUGAUAGUGUACUAUCAUGGAGCCAUUCCCAUCGACUACUAUUACUUCCUGGCCAAUGUUAUCAUCCAAAAGGGACGGCCCUGCCACUCUGUGGCUGACCACUGCCUCUUCAAGAUCCCAGGUUUCAAGUUACUGUUGGAGGUGUUCAGUGUGAUCCAUGGUCCUCAGGAGGAGUGUGUGCGAGCUCUGAAGAAUGGUCACCUAUUGGCAAUUUCUCCAGGAGGAGUGCGGGAGGCUCUAUUCAGUGAUGAGACCUACCCUCUUCUCUGGGGCAAACGCAGAGGCUUCGCCCAGGUCGCCAUCGACGCUCAAGUGCCAAUAAUUCCAAUGUUUACUCAAAAUGUGCGGGAAGGCUUCAGAUGUCUGGGAACACUCAGAUUUUUCCGCUGGAUGUAUGAGAGGUUUCGCAUCCCAGUAGCUCCUAUUUAUGGUGGAUUUCCUGUGAAGUUUCGGACCUUCCUUGGUGAUCCCAUCCUGUAUGACCCCAACAUCAGUGCUGCAGAGUUGGCAGAGAAAGUGAAGCAGGCAGUCCAGUCUCUGAUUGACCAGCACCAGCAGAUACCAGGGAGCAUCCUAAGAGCCUUGUUGGAGAGAUUCCACACUAAACACAAAUACCAUUAACAUCAGCAGUACAACAACAGAUACAAACUAUCCAAUGUGUGACCAAAACAACAUCAACAUCGGCUCAGCAGGCUGCAGUGUGCACAGGUUUGGCCUAACAUGUUGGAAUAUUUGCACAGCUUUCUUCACUGCUUCCAAACACCACUGACUGCAGCCGCUGAGGUUCCUAUUACAAACAUGUUCCAUGCAUGUUUGUGAUAUGUUUCCUUGCAUACAUUGGCUCCCUUUUUAUCUGAUGAUUUGCUUAAAGCUAGACUUCCUGAAGUUGUUAUAUUGACCCUUGAAAAUAAUCAUACCUCAAAAACGGUAAAUGAAAGGAUAAUUAUUUUUUCAAUACACAUGCACAAUAUCUAAUUUCUUGUGUUCCGAUAUCUUUAUCUUAAUUGAUUACAAUGUGGUCAGUUAAAGAUUGUGCUCAGGACUGAUCUGUGGGCUGAUUGGUUGGUUGAACUAAUAGAUGUAAUUUGUCAUUGUAGAUGUUUUCAGUGUGUAUAUAUGGGAUUCAGACAAUUUCCAUAUUGAAAAUUGUGAUAUUAGUAAAUUUAUGUCAGCAAGAAAAUCCUAAUGUUGGUUAACUAAUACAUUUAGUUUAUUGUCCAUGCCUAUUAAUUGCAGUGACUAUGCAGACAGCUGCUUGUUCUGAUAUACUUUAACAUAAUUUUGAGGUUGCGCAUCUUCAGUUUCAUUCACCUUGAAGUAACCAGUGAAACAUGCACUAUUUCAUGGGAGCAGGCUGCAGGGUUAGACUCCACAGGUAGAGUAGACAGAGCUGAACCCACUGGUUAAGACUGGCCCACUAUAAAAGGCUUUUUGGUUUUGAUUUCUUCAAAGUUGGAGUUGUAUGAACCACAGACUGUAUAAAAUAAUGGUAAUUGGUUUGUAGACUCCAGUUUUAAGCCUCGAGUUUGGCAUUUGGCAUCACAAUCUUGGAUUUUUGGAGCCAGAAGUGAUCAUAUUCAAACAAGAGGGUGGAGAUUACUCUAAGGCUAGCAUAGCUAUGGUUAACUGUGAUAAUACCAAUGCUAAAGCUAAUUUUUGCCACAGAAAAACAAGUUUAAAACCAUAAAAAUAAAAUGUACUUACUGGAAAAACUAAAUAUUUAACUGCUUAGAGGGUCUUCUAGUUCAACCAAAUGUUGAACAAGACUUUGUUAGGCAACCAAAAUGUCACAGUUAACUUCAUGAAUCAAAAACACACUGAAGUAGUGAUGCCUUGUACUCUGUGAAUCUAGCGUUAUGCAACAGUUACGUUACCAAACCAAUGUUGCCAUUGUUGUAGCCACUUGACAAUGGAUGGCACCCACCUGUCACCUAAAGUGGCAAUGCCCUUAAUGUUGCGUAACUUUAAGCCUUAAUAUAAACAUUCAAGAUUUAAACAGGUGAUUAGGUAUAGAGACCAAACCAUGUUAAUUUCUGCUGUUAAGUUGGGCAUUUUAACGUGGGUUUAUGACUUGCUCUUGGAGCCAUCUUCAAGUGGCCAUUAGAGGAACUGCAGAUUUUGGCACUUCUACAUUGACUUCAUUUUUCAGCCUUGGAGAUUGCUGCUUGGUAGGAACCAGUAUCAUACUUGCUCCAAGUACAUACAGAACACUGACCUAAGGUGACAGGAGUACGACAACAUUGUGUAAAUGAGAUUAAUUUGUAUAUAGAACAAGGUUAGAUCAUUUUUUUAGGGUAACUGAUAUUGUCUGGCAUCUGCGACUGUGGGUGUACACCUGAGCUCUCAAGGCUGGUGAGAAUAGGGCUUUGAUCUCUCACGCACCAACUGUUGACACUGUCGUCAACUGUUCCUAACCAUAGUUCCUCCCUGGACUAAGUCAUCGUCAAGACUGGGUAAAUGUUUAGACCUUUAGCCAUAGAUCUGGAUCUACCAUACAUGCACAGGCCUCUGAUGUUUGUUGAACCACAUUGUCUAGACUAGGCAGGUCAUCUUCUAGGAUAAUCUCAUAUGCAAGAUUCUCCAACACCUCCACAGAAAGCAUAAAAGCUUAGCCCCUUAAUCUCACAAGUCAUAUUAGCAGUAGGGUAGUUCUGGCUGUCACCUUCCACACAAGUAAUAUUCACAACCCUUUCAUUACUGGGUCGAAUAUUGCUGACCAAAUGUGUCUUUAGUUACUACUAGUGUCUGCUAGUGCUUUUAGCACUUAACCAUUAAUGGUAACAUGUACGAUUUCCUGCUCUGGUCUGGGUACUGAACACAUUUCAGCAGCUUUGGAUAGCCUUGUGGCCAAGUUGUUGACAAUGAAGACCAAUGAAUUGACCCUUUGGCUGACUCUGUAAACCUUUCCCCAACCCGACUGCCAGUAUUACCACAAUCUGUUGGAUUUGGUGGUCUAUACCCCUCAUACUUCACUGUAGACAUCCUUUUUCUUGAUGGUGUAAUGCCAUGCACCAAUCUGCCAAUCCAGCUGCUUCUUCUCCAGCCUUUGGGCUGUGCUCCCUCACCCAGGUGCUAACUUCUGGUAAAAGUACUUGCAGAUAAUGCUACAAAGUGAUGAUCUCUCCAAGCUGGUCGUUGGUAUGGUUGUCUGGACGCAUCCAGCACUUGUACAGCCCCUUCAGUCGGUUAUAAUGCUCUUGGAUUGUCCCCCCUGCUGGAGCAACCAUGCUCUGCCUGCUCUUCAUCAGCAUACACCAGCUCUAUGCCAGCAUAAGGGAUGAUGCUGAAAAGACUGGGAAUAUAGCCCUUAAAAAAAUGCCCUCACUCCCUCCUUCAGGAUUUUCUUGGCACAGUCAAAUAUUCCUGAGUACUGUCUGGUCUUCCUCAGGGUCAGACUGGACCUCCAUGCAGUAGAUGGCAGUUUGUGCUGUUGCUCCAUCCAGCGAUCCAGCCAGGAACCUCUCGUGGGUCUUGAUCUUCCCUGGUUCUCUGGUCAGCUGUUUCUUACCCUGCUCAUAGACCAUAAAUUUAAUGGCAGUCUCAGGGGCCAUCUUCAGUACAUUGAUACCAUUUUGUCUCUAUAGAGACAUCAAGCCUUCUUCUUUUAAUACUUGCUGAAAGUGACAGUUUACCCAAAAAUCCUGUAGUGCAAUCUAUAUAGUUUUGGUGUGAGUUGCCGAGUGUUACAGAUAUCCACCAUAGAGAUGUCUGCCUUCUCUCCAAUAUAAUGGAUCUACAUGGCACUCGGCUUAUGGUGCUCAAAGUGCCAAAAAAUACAUUUUAAAAACUUAGCAGCAAUGUCUCUUUCCAGAAAUCAUGAACUGGUUACUCAAGAUAAUCCACAGACCUUGUUGUCAGCAGUUUCAUGUAGGAACUAUUUUCUUUCUACCAGACUACACCUGCCAACCGUUUCACCACGCAGAAGGAAGUGUGCAUCUACUCAUGGACGAGAGGCUCGUGCUUGUGACAGCACGAGAUGUAAACAUCAAUGGUGUUCUCCUUGACUGAGCUGUAAUGUUAGCUAGCUCAUUGGUGCUAUGUAGCUAGCAGAUGCAUAUAUCUAUUGUCAGUGAAUCAUCCACUGUUAACUCAGGAAAGGUCCAGGUGUAAAUCCAGACUUUACAGUUUGUAAGUACUAUGAGUUCCCUUGGGGAUUGUCAGUAUCUGACUAUCUCAUAGUGCGUGCUUACAAUUAUGAUACCUUAAAUACUUUGAUUAUGUUGUAACAGCUUCCAUCGGCUCAAAACAGCAACCAUCUUCUGAAAUCAUUCGUUGAUCAACUCAAAAUGAAUCGAUUCUGAGUGCAGUAACUGUGGACUGGACUGUUGUGGACUGGACACAAAAAUUUAGUAAUAUACAGAGAUGUCCAUUAAAAAUGUAUUCAGAAUAAAACAAAAUAAUUGAAAACUACAAAAUGUGUAAAAGACAUGAAUGACCAUUAUGGCCUUUAAGCAGAAGCCAGGCUGUAGAGGCAGGUUUUCGGUGUAUGUUUGAAGAUAUCAGCACUUUCAGCUCAACUCAAAUCCUUUGUCAGGCUCUUCCCACAGCUCAGAGAUGAGAGCUAAAAGCUUUCUGACCAAAAGGUUUCACUUUGGGACAUCUCUAAGGUCCAUGCAUUAAAAGUAUUUCAAGCAGACAGCUAUAAAGUAAUAAAACAAUCAUAAAAUUAACACAAAAACAGGAAUCGUGUGGAAAAAAUGACUUCACCUUUAAUGGCUCUAUUAGAAAAUUAGAAUGUAUGAGUUGUCUUGGACACAGUUCUCAACAUGGAGGUGGCUGAGCUGGUAGCUGACAUUGGGCGCUAUGCUUCUGCUACGUCACUGUCUGAAUCUCGGCUGUAACUGCCCUAUGAGCGCAGUGCAAAGCAGCAACGAUGAGCUAGCAAGUGGGAUACACACACUCAACACUCCAUUAUAUCUUUACUAGGGCUGUAGUCAACCAAAGAAAAUCUUGGUUGACUGAAGUCGAUGCAAAACACACUUGUGAAAAAAAGUUGUGCAUCCUACUGGCUAGCUAAUUGUUGCAACUCUGCCCUGUGCUUAUAUGGCACUUACUGUAGCAGCUGUUAGCCCUGUUCAUGCUGUGGGCACCUUUAGCUGCUAGCCACUGGCUCAGGCACCUCUAUGUUGUGAGCUAUGUGCAAUCAAUCCCUGCCCAGACUCUGAAUCAUAGAUAUGCUCUCAAUGUCAUAUGUGUCUCUUUUAAUGUGUAAAAUCAAAGGAGUCCACUUUUCAAACAGCCUUCCCUCAAACCUUUAUUAGAAGCACAUUACCAUUAUUCUGCAUCGUGGAAUAGUGUCUUUUUUCAAACUUACAGCAUAUUCAGUUUUGGGAAAAAAAACUGAACUGUAGUUUCCCAGUAUUUGUGUGUUAAUUGUUUUUGCAGAAAUGCUCACCACAGAUACUAACCAAAUAUUAACAAUACACGUCACUGCAUAUUAUUAGUUCUAACGGGCAGGGUACAAAACAGAAGAAAUGACAUUAAGGGCAGGUAAAUUAAAAAAAAAAAGAUCUGCAAAAGAGUCUUGAGCUGAAUUUAAGUAAAUAAGGCCUAUUCACACAGGAUUAGUGUUACCUGGGGAUCUCUAGUUAUUUGUAAUAAUUGCAGAGGUAAUCUAUUAUCUUAAUCCCUUGCGUAUCUGCCAAGUCUGUAAUUUUUAAAAAAAAAAAAAAUUUAAGUAAAAGUUCUACCUUAAAUGACCAAUUUAGCCAAACACAGAGGUCAUGUGAUAACAGUAGUCCUGUGCAAAAAAGCAUCUCAGUGAUUUUGAAUCCUGUUUGGCUUUUGUUUUCUCUGCACAUCUUUUCUGCCUUUUUCCCAGUCAAGAAUUACAAAUGCUACAUUGGUAAAUGUAAAUGAAAGUUUUGACAGCAUUUUUGGUGUAGGAGGCGUAUGCAUUUUUUCCACUUGUGUAUGUGUACGGAGACAAGUCAACCGGAAGUCCAUUCAUUCCUGUGAGAUUUUCCAUGAUAUCUGAUAAGCCUGCAAAACUCCUCCCCUCAGUAAUAUUUCAGUCUGGAAUUUGCCUCGACUACAUUCACAAAAUGUAACUUUUGCAGUGGAUUUCAGAGACUGUAUGACAGUGUGCUAGAUUAGCUGACAGGCUGCAGGCUAACUAACCGGCUGUUACCUUUAAUUCAGUUGCCUGUGCUGAUUGUCAACUGAGUUUGAAUCAUUAAAAGGAACUUGUUUAUCUAGUUUUAACAUAUUGUUAAUCUGAGUAGUGUUAUUCUGCUAAAACAUGUUAAUACAGUAUACACUGUCAGAUUGUCAUUAUCAGUUUGAUAUGAAAUACAGUCAGAUUUAUUAUUUUAAUAUGAAAUAGCCUAAUGUUACAGAUUUAUCAGUCUGGUUAAAUACAGUCAUCAUCCUUAUAAGUUUGAUAUGUGAGUGUAGGCCUAUGCAUCAAUAUGUUGUACAUACAUCUUUUUAAUGAAAUAUUUCACAAAUCAUGCUACGUACCUGGUAGGCCAGCAUCUUCAUUUAUUUGUUGCCUUGCAACAUUGGUCCCGUUUCUGUCCUGGCAGUAUUCCAAGUGCAUCUUCCAAGCUACUGGACGGUGAAUAUCAGACAAAAUUAGCCUCUCCCCCAUCAUGGCCACAGGAAGUUUCUGUCAGGUUUCUCUACAUCCGUAAAUAAAUGUACUUCCUUGCGUUUGACACUGGAGGCAUCAUUUGUAUAUUUAUGGAUCUACUGACACCAGUCACAUACAUAAGUGGAAAUGAGGCAUCAUCUCGCUACACAGCAUGGAGCACUGUUUACAGAAACGGCAAGCUCAGAUCCAUCAGGAGAGCAGAAUUUGUAAAUCACGUGGUCCCCUGGUUACACUGGUCCUUUAUGAAUAGGGCUUUAAAUGAAACAAAAUGAUCACUGUAGGCAAACUGGUCAUGCACUUAAGUCUGAUUUCUAUUUUUGUUGGCCUUUGUGUGUGUUUGUGUUAGUGUGUGUGGUCCAACAGUCAGGAAACAGACUUAAACUGAGCCUUUCAAGACUGCUCAUAUAACUGUCAGUGUCUGCUUACAAAAAGUAUGUUCUCACUGUAAUAUUUCAUAUCUGUACAAAUACUGAUCUAUGACUUUAUUGCAUGCAUAUAUGUAAAUAUUGUGAUUCAACAAAUUAUUUUGCACAUGAAGUCAUCAAAGCAUCACUGCCAACUCAGAUAUUUCCAUUUUCAAAGACGCCUUUGUGAGACGUGAGAAGUGUGUUUUUGAGUGACAUCUAACCGGAUGCUUUCCUUCUGUGAACUGGUUGCCUGUUUCCAUAUUUAUGUUGUGUUUUUUGAGAUGAUCUAACGUGUAUUUUUAAAUUAUAUCAAUAUAUAAAUGUUGCACUUUUAAAUAUUGAGAUCCUCUUCAAUCUGUUAAUAAAUCUAUUUUAUUAA